UUGCUUUCCUCAGAUUUUCUUCUUCCGUUUCAAUACCAAAAAAGGAAGCACAGGUUCAUUCCUCUGUGGGCUUCGCGAACUGGACACCACCACAAAACCCCUAAUUUACUUCAAUCUUCUGGUGUUCCUUUUCCCAGAUCCAUUUCACAAACAUGGUGUCCACAGCCAAGAUCAAAUCUGUUGAUUUUUACAGGAAAAUUCCAAGAGAUUUGACAGAGGCGUCACUAUCAGGUGCCGGCUUGUCUAUCAUAGCAGCUGUUGCCAUGACGUUUUUAUUUGGAAUGGAGCUACAUAACUAUUUGGCCAUCAGUACCUCGACUUCUGUCAUAGUUGACAGAAGUUCUGAUGGGGAUUACUUACGGAUUGACUUUAAUAUUAGUUUACCAGCCUUAUCCUGUGAGUUUGCAUCCGUGGAUGUGAGUGAUGUAUUGGGAACUAACAGGUUGAACAUAACAAAAACAGUUCGCAAAUAUUCAAUUGAUAAACAUCUACGGACUACUGGCUCUGAGUUUGAUUCUGGACCAGUUACUAAUAUACUCAAGCAUGAUGAUGAAGUUGAUGAGGAAUAUGGUGAAGGAUCUGUUACUCUAAAUGCACGUAAUUUUGAUAGAAUUUCUCAUCAGCAUUCAAUUUUGGUUGUAAAUUUCUAUGCUCCUUGGUGCUAUUGGAGUAACCGUCUGAAACCCUCAUGGGAGAAGGCAGCCAAAAUUAUGAAAGAGAGACAUGAUCCAGAAGUGGACGGUCGUAUCAUUAUGGGCAAGGUGGACUGUACUGAAGAAGUUGAUCUGUGCAGGAGGCACCACAUACAAGGUUAUCCAUCUAUUCGGAUAUUCCGUAAGGGCAGUGAUGUCAGGGAUGAGCAUGGGCACCAUGAGCAUGAAUCAUAUUAUGGUGACCGAGAUACAGAGACCUUGGUGAAUACAAUGGAAAACUUGGUUGCACCUAUUUCAUUGGAGUCCCCAAUCCUGUCCUUGGAGGAUAAAUCUGGCAAGACUGCAGAGAGUGCAAAAAGACCUGCACCACGUGAAGCAGGAUGUAGAAUUGAAGGGUUUGUACGAGUCAAGAAGGUUCCUGGUAAUCUUGUAAUCUCAGCCCGUUCGGGGUCCCACUCCUUUGAUGCUUCCCAGAUGAACAUGUCACAUGUAAUUUCUACUUUUUCCUUUGGUAAGAAGAUCAGUUCAAGGGUGAUGAGUGAUAUUAAGCGGAUACUACCUUACAUUGGUGCAAGCCAUAACAAGUUGAAUGGUCAGGCAUACCUCACUGACCCAGAAGAUCGUGCAAAUGUCACGAUAGAGCAUUAUCUUCAAGUUGUGAAGACUGAGGUUAUGAGGUCAUCUCAUCAACUUAUUGAGGAUUACGAGUACACAGCACAUAGUAGCUUGAUGCAUGCUCUUUCCGUCCCUGUUGUAAAGUUCCAUAUUGAGCCAUCUCCGAUGCAGGUUCUGAUAACGGAAAACCGGAAGUCGUUUUCUCAUUUCAUCACCAAUGUCUGUGCCAUUAUCGGUGGUGUUUUCACGGUUGCUGGGAUACUGGAUUCGAUUCUGCACAACACGUUGAGAUUGGUGAAAAAAGUUGAGCUGGGGAAGAACUUUUAGCAACAUGUAAAACAACCUUUAAUAUCUUCCAUUCCCAGACCAUUGUUACUACUAUAUAAAUCCAAACCAUAUAUAUUUGUUUAGAAAAUUUUGGAAUUACAUCUCUCA